AUAGUCACACACACAGAGAGAGAGAGAGAGAGAGGCAGAGACACAGGCAGAGGGAGAAGCAGGCUCCAUGCACCGGGAGCCCGACGUGGGAUUCGAUCCCGGGUCUCCAGGAUCGCGCCCUGGGCCAAAGGCAGGCACUAAACCGCAGCACCACCCAGGGUUCCCAAGCCUAGGGAUUUUCAAACUUGUUUUUGAUCCUGGAACCCUUUCUUCAAAUACUCUCUCCUGGGACGCCCGGGUGGCUCAGCGGUUGAGCGUCUGCCUUUGGCCCAGGGCGUGAUCCUGGAGUCCUGGGAUCGAGUCCCACAUCGGGCUCCCUGCAUGGAGCCUGCUUCUCUCUCUGCUAGCCCCAAGUUCUACCCUGAAGGGAUUUCUGGGUAGGGCCCCAAGGAACACAAUUUGAAAAAGCAAAUGAAGAAAAGGCAUUAGCUUUGGAGUUUCCCCAGACCCAGUUCAGAUCCCAGUUUUACCACUUACAAGCUCUGUGGCCUUAGUGGUUACUUCAAGUCUGUGUCCUCAUCUGAACAAGGGUGAUAGUAUUUAAUACAGAUGCAUUCUUGUUAGGAGAGAGAUAGUGAGGUAAAGGCAUAUAGUAUGUAUUCAUAAAUAAGAGCAGUGAUUAUCCUUAUGCGAGACAUAUGGGCCUUGGUUCAAAAUCAAAUCUGUCCCACUGGAGGGUGAAUGACAGAGGUUCAGGCUGAGUUCAGGUAUAAUUGGUUGCGGGGCAUGUAUGAAUUUGUGGGGAUAAUGGACAUACAUGUGAGAGGGAACUGAAGUUUUAGAGGAUAUGAUAUACAGUACGUGGCGUGCAAUGGUGUGGUUUUCCUUAGCUAAUUCGAUAAAUAUCUAGUGUGCAUAUUUGUGCAUAAAACCCCCGGGGUAGACACCUUUCUCCCCUUAGGCUGCUGUUUUCCUUAUUCUAUCCUAGGGUACUCCACACAGGGGUAGCUUUGUGCUGGUAGCUGAAGAAGGGGCAGUGAACCUGAGGGGAAACAGUACUAGAACCGGAUAACCGGGAGAUUUUAACCCCAUCAACAUGGUCUGUGCCUUCUCUCCCUUCCAGAGUCCUCCCUCCAUGGAGUUUGGCCUGCUCAGCGAGGCGGAGGCCCGGAGCCCGGCCCUGUCGCUGUCAGAUGCGGGCACUCCCCACCCGCCACUCCCGGAACACGGCUGCAAGGGCCAGGAGCACAGCGACUCGGAAAAGGCCUCGGCCUCGCUGCCCGGCGGCUCCCCAGAAGACGGCUCGCUGAAGAAGAAGCAGCGGCGGCAGCGCACCCACUUCACCAGCCAGCAGCUGCAGGAGCUGGAGGCGACCUUCCAGAGGAACCGCUACCCCGACAUGAGUACGCGCGAAGAGAUCGCGGUGUGGACCAACCUCACCGAGGCCCGCGUGCGGGUGUGGUUCAAGAACCGGCGCGCCAAGUGGCGGAAGCGCGAGCGCAGCCAGCAAGCGGAGCUGUGCAAGGGCGGCUUCGCGGCGCCGCUCGGGGGGCUGGUGCCGCCCUACGAGGAGGUGUACCCCGGCUACUCGUACGGCAAUUGGCCACCCAAGGCGCUUGGCCCGCCGCUUGCUGCCAAGACCUUCCCGUUCGCCUUCAACUCGGUCAACGUGGGGCCUCUGGCCUCGCAGCCCGUCUUCUCGCCACCCAGCUCCAUCGCCGCCUCCAUGGUGCCCUCGGCCGCGGCCGCCCCGGGCGCCGUGCCAGGGCCCGGGGCCCUGCAGGGCCUGGGCGGGGGGCCCCCCGGGCUGGCUCCGGCCGCAGUGUCCUCCGGGGCAGUGUCCUGCCCUUACGCUUCGGCCGCUGCUGCAGCCGCUGCAGCCGCCUCUUCCCCCUACGUAUAUCGGGACCCGUGUAACUCGAGUCUGGCCAGCCUGAGGCUCAAGGCCAAACAGCACGCCUCUUUCAGCUAUCCCGCCGUGCCCGGGCCGCCCCCGGCCGCCAACCUCAGUCCCUGCCAGUACGCCGUUGAACGGCCCGUAUGAAUGGCCCGGUCCGUCGACCAUCCCCGAGGGUGGGGCGAGAAUUUACAGACUCCCCGGACUGGGGUCGUCUUGACUGGCUUGCCCCUGCCCCGGGAUCUGAGAGGGGUGCUGAGGCAGCUCGGGGUGGGGGUGGGGGAUGGUGGGUGGCCAGCUCAGGAGAGAGCCUUCCCCCUGCCGGCCCUGAGGGGUGGACUGGGCCCUAUACACCCUACACACAGUCCGCGCCCCUGGGACUAAGGCCAGGAACAGGGACCAGUUCCCCGGGGGCCAACUGACCCUUGGCCCACCCCGCCUUCUCCAGACUCCCCUCCCCCAUUUUCAAAGAUAAACGAAAUAAAAGUGCGCGGACUGCCAAAGGUUUGAUGAUUCAGAGUUGCGGUUGAGCUCCCUCCCCUGUGGCUAAGGAAGAGCCUGGUGUACAGGAAUAAAGUGAGGGCCCGGGCUUCUAGGGCUUCAGUCCCCUCUCAGUUCCCAACACCAGGAUGGGGAAGCUGGGGGAUACCUGGAGCAGAGGGGCGCACCUGCCUGCAAAUAUGUAGGUGUGGCUUAGAGAACUAGCUACUUGACUGGUGUCAGCCAAAGCUGGUGCUGCGGUGCCACCUCGUGGCCUCACGGAGGAUAACUGGAAGGUCCGAUUUGGAACGCUUACUUGCCAAGUGUCAAUUCUGCAACUUAGGAAGCUUAUGACCUUAGAUAAGUUACACCACCUUUCUGCACCUGUUUCUCACUGUUCCUAUGAGGGGCUUGGGCCUCUAAUAGCAAUAAAAUUCUGGUCUGUAACAGACAUUUAUUAAGUGCCUAUCAGGCCUAGAAUUCUUAUUGAAUGUCUCUUGUGUGUGCCUCUCAUCUUUCCACACAUCUUAGGCUUCUCACCCAGCAGCCCUCUCCCAUCACAGCAGUCUUCCUCCCCCCCAAAUCCCCAAAGACCCGUUGAAAUAUUUAAUUUAAAAAUGGAGCGGGACACCUGGGUGGCUCAGCAGUUGAGGGUCUGCCUUCAGCCCAGGGCGUGAUCCUGGAGUCCCAGAAUCGAGUCCCACAUUGGGCUCCCUGCAUGGAGCCUGCUUCUCCCUCUGCCUAUGUCU